AUGUCCAAGGCACGAACCCCCAUCAGAACCCAAAAGGCCCCCCUGCCUCCACCUUUCCUUUCGCAGGGUAUGAUUGCUGGGGACCUGGUCUACUGCUCUGGUCAGGUGGGAGUGGAUCCCAACACAGGGAAGAUGGUGGAAGGUCCUAUUCAAAACCGCGCAAAACAAGUCCUUCAAAAUCUGGGAGCCGUCCUUGAAGCGGGUGGUUCAAGUCUCCAAGACGUGGUGAAGGUGAACAUCUUCCUAGCGGAUAUGGGAGAUUUCACUGCUGUGAACGAGGUUUACAGUUCCUUCUUUGCGGAUCCCAAACCAGCGCGCACAUGUGUGGCAGUUAAAACAUUGCCUCUUGGCACGGAUGUUGAGAUUGAAUGCUCGGGAUUGGUUACUCGGGACAAUCGGAACUCUCGGUUAUAG